GUAAGUGUCACAUGACCAAAGUUUUCAUGGGUGACGGAAUCUGUGGCACUGAUACAAGCAGUAGCCCACGAGCGCACAGUGUAACGUUCCGUCGGAUAUUUCACAAUCGAUAGUUCACAUCAUCAGAUGACCACUUUUCCUCUGGUGCUUCGGUGAAAAGGAUUCAUGUUUGUUUCAAGACCCCAAGUUUUUCACGGGGAAGACUAUAGGACUUCUUCUGUUAUGACAGACGCGCGAAUUCGAGCGCCAUGCAGUCUUGUUGCAAGCAACACACACACAAUAACGACGCACACAUCAGACGUCACAUGCCUGGCCUUCUCCGCCACAGUCCUGGCCACCUGCUCGUCUGACCGCAGCGUUCGUCUGUGGGGAGCCAAAGAUUUCUCUGAGCUGGCCAGCUCACCUAUGCUGGGGCACACCUACAUGAUCCAUUGUUGCGCUUUCUCCCCCUUGGGCUCCGUCCUAGCGACUUGCUCCACCGACGGCACGCUGCGACUGUGGGACGUGAAGACAGGGGAGACCACUGCCAUCCUGGCUCACCCCAGCAAGUGUGCCAUCCGCGUGUGCCAGUUCUCCUCAGACGGGAAGCUGUUGGUCACGGGGGGAGAUGACGACACAGUGUGUCUCUGGAAUGUCGCGGACAAGAAACUCGUCAGAUCGUUCAAGGGUCACGACGAGAGUGUGAUGGCUGCGACCUUCACCCCGGACGGUCACUACGUGGUCAGUGGGAGCUCCGGCGGUGACCUGGGCGGGGACCUGCUGGUGUGGGACGCCCUCUACGGCCACGGCAAGGCCCUCAAGCGGGUGGCCGACUGCCACGACCUGGGGGUGGCCUGCUGCCAGUUCUCUCCCACCUACGGAUCCGCUGGUCAGCCGUCACCGUCCGGCUCCGUGCGACAAUUCCUGUUGGCCACUGGUGGGAAGGAUAACCUGGUCAAGUUGUGGAUGUUCACAGCAGAGGUCGGAUCUGUCAAUGUAACGGUGAUCCUGGACACAAUGCUACCAGGACACACCGACUCUGUUCUGUGGCUGGCCUUCUCCCCAGACGGGACGCUGCUUACCUCGUGUUCCUUAGACAAAACAGCUCGACUUUGGAAUGUGGAAACCAAACAAACACUGAUUAGCAUCGAUGGACAUUCCAGCUACGUCACAUCCUGUGCCUUUUCAAGCAACAGCAAGUGUCUGGCAACUGCCUCCAACGACAACACGGUGAAAGUCUGGCAACUGAACGACACCUCUGACAUAAUGACAGAAGGCCUCAGCGGCUACGAGCAGGGAGAGGAGGUGGACUCUCUGGCCGGCGGAAGCUUCUCAAAGGUUGCCAUGGAGACGUGGAGCGUGGAGGACGUGUGCCACUGGCUGGUGUCGCUGGGUCUGGCCCAGCUGGAGGACAAGUUCCGGGACAACGCCAUCGAUGGGCGGGAGCUGUUGGGCUUGACGGGAGAGGAUCUAAGGACGUCGUUGGACGUCGCUGCUCUGGGCCACAGGAACAAAAUCCUCCGCGCUCGGACGGCCGUCCAGCGACAUCCGAUCGGUGGCGGUCGGUCAGAGCCCGCGGACACGCCCGAGGAGUUUUUGUGUCCCAUCACGCAGGAGAUCAUGAAGGACCCGGUCAUUGCUUCAGAUGGCUACACGUACGACCGGCCUGCCAUAGUGGCCUGGAUGGGUCGCGGUGACCAACGCAGCCCGAUGACCAAUGUCCAGCUCAACUCGGCAGAGCUCACACCAAACAGGACACUCAAGAUGAUGAUCCAGAAGUUUCUGCAGAACCCUUGAGGACCUUUCCCCUUUCACCUCUGACCCCUGAACCCUCGAGAAGUUAGCGGGACAAAAUUUUCUACCACACUUGGAAAUAUCUGUUAUUGGUAUUAGUAUUUUAACUGAGAGCUGUGAAAUCAAAAAGGAAUUAUAUUUUGAUGGCAACUAAGUUUACCAUUUUCCACAUUUUUCAAACUGUAUCUACCUCUUACCUCUUGCAGUGAUGUUUGAAAAAUUUGUUCUACAGCUUGUCUGCUUAAAUAUAUUGAAGUUUUUUUUUUCUUUAUAAAAAAAUAUAUUUUACUCGAUAGGGCUGGUAAAAGGUUGUGUUUCGUUUCGCUGUGAUUGUUACAGGAUGCUUCUGUCAAAUCUGACAUUGUAUAGUUUCGCCUUAGCCUUUUGUUUGCUUUUUUGCUGGACUUUUAAAUUGUUUUCUUUAACUUAAACCCUUUAUGACCGAAAUGGAGUCGUAUCGUUUUUAUGAACUUUAAGAAAUGUAUUCCUGUGCUGGUAGUUUCGGGUUUGUUUGUUUUUUGUCUUGUAUUGUAUUGCCUAUACCAGGAAUUUUUCUUCUGAUAAUUGUAAUGAGGGAAGAGGAAAUAUUCAUUAUAAUUAUGAUAAUUUAUGACAUCUAUAGCGCUCAACCCAGGCAAAAGAAUACGAUCAAACCUAAACAGUGUACUGAGUUCUAGCUAAAAAUUUAGAAAUCUAAAAUAUUCUCUCAAAUUCUUGUGCCUCAUGACACCGGCCCUCAAUGACCCCUCCCCACACGAAGUGUCACUGACAACCGUUGACAUUGUUCUCGAGCAUGAGCUCCGUAACAGUCAUCUGAGGUGUAGCGGAUAGGCGCUUUGCUUUUGCAUUCAGGAGAUUUGAGUUCAAUUCUCGAGUUGGGAAGAAAAUUUUUAUCAAGUAUCUCCUCCUUUCUCCUGGGACGAUGCAUCCCUCUCAGCCCUCGUUGGCUCUGAUAGGCAGGGGUGGAAGCCCCCCUCCUAGAUAUUCUAAAUUGUGGUGGAAUGUGAAAGCACGUACAUUUAAAAGAAGAGAAAAAAA